CUCAACUGCUUGACGUUGGGUGUACCAGGGUGUGUUACGUGCACUUGUGUGUGUUUUAGGGGAGAGGAGCAUUGGAUCUCAUCAGUUUCUCAAGAGUCUAGGACCCCCAAAAUGGUUAAGAACACGGGCUUAGCAGUGGACAUUCCCUGAAAGACGUGAACUUGGCCUGGUUGCUCCUCUAAUGCUCCAGGUCACCACACCCUGGAUUUUCACUACUGUGUGUUUGCAUCUUGCUGUGCAAGUGUAGUGUUUUGUUUUCGUUUUUGUCUUAUUUUCCCCACCAAACUGCCCAACGGCGCUGUGCCCUCUUGUCGGCCAGCCUGUGGUUGCCGUGGUUCAGGGCUUCAACCGCGGUGGCUUUGCAGUCGCUGUAAUCACUUGAACUGACUUCACUGGUGUGUGUAAGGAGAACAGCCUGGAAGGCAGGCGCAGACUGUUCAGCCUUUGUUCUGAGUUGGACAUCAAUUCAUGCCCUUAUUGAAUUGGGGUCUGGCUAUUUUUGGAACCCAGCCAAUGUCUAGUUCUAACCCAUGACAUGGUCUUUUCAGAGAAGCACAAAGUCGGGAGAAAUCAGGCUGCUUUGUCAAGCUCUCACCCCUUCCAGCCUGCACGCAUACAAACUGUUCCAAGUAACAGGAGAUGUUUCCAUGGCUGAGCCUUUCCUUCCUUGGCAUGUGAUCCAGUCACCCUGAACAUCUGUUGGCCUCAUCACGCCCAAACCCUGCAGUCUGCAGUCCCACGUCCCCCUCCUUCCAUCCGCCUUCGGCCUCUAGAGCCUCAGCCCUCCCCCUCGCCGGGAAGCCUUGCCCCCGCCCCUUCGCGCCGGCCCCAGCUACUGCUCUCAGCUCUUCCUUUGUCACAGCUCCGCCCAGUCGGACACACCCGCUGGGGAAGGUUCCUCCAUUUCUUCCCCAGUGGUCUGGGGUCUGAGUUUACACUGGCAGAGAUGGACCGUCCCAAACCCAAGGUCCUCCCGGCGGGGCACUGCUGCCCCUCCCUGGGAAUGCGGGCCUGGGAGGCUGGCAGCGCGAGGUUCUCAGUGCCACCCUCCAUCAGCAGGAGCUCGGCCAUGGUGAACGAACCCAGAGAGCAUGGCGGCCCCAGCCCCCGCUGGGAGGGCAGCAGCAGUGGCAGCGAGAGCUCCAAGGAUAGUUCAAGGUGCUCCACACCCGUGCUGGACCCUGAACGCCACGAGAGGCUCAGGGAGAAGAUGAAGCGGAGGAUGGAAUCUGGUGACAGGUGGUUCUCCCUAGAAUUCUUCCCUCCUCGAACUGCUGAGGGAGCUGUCAAUCUCAUCUCAAGGUUUGACCGGAUGGGGGCAGGUGGUCCCCUCUUCAUAGAUGUGACCUGGCAUCCAGCAGGGGACCCUGGCUCAGACAAGGAGACCUCGUCCAUGGUGAUCGCCAGCACCGCCGUGAACUACUGUGGCCUGGAGACCAUCCUGCACAUGACCUGCUGCCAUCAGAGCCGGGAAGAGAUCACAGGCCACCUGCACAAGGCCAAGCGUCUGGGCCUGAAGAACAUUCUGGCACUGAGGGGAGAUCCCAUAGGUGACCAGUGGGAAGAGGAGGACGGAGGUUUCAACUAUGCCGUAGACUUGGUGAAGCACAUCCGAAGCGAGUUUGGUGACUACUUCGAUGUCUGUGUGGCAGGUUACCCCAAAGGCCACCCCGACUCAGAGAGCUUUGAGGCUAGCCUGAAGCACCUAAAGGAGAAAGUGGCCGCGGGAGCCGACUUCAUCAUCACCCAGCUCUUCUUCGAGGCCGGCACUUUCUUCCGCUUUGUCAAGGCUUGCUCCGAGAUGGGCAUUACUUGUCCCAUCCUCCCCGGGAUCUUCCCUAUUCAGGGCUACCACUCCCUCCGGCAGCUUGUAAAGCUGUCCAAGCUGGAGGUGCCGCAGCGGAUCAAGGACGUGAUCGAGCCAAUCAAAGACAACGACGCUGCCAUCCGCAACUACGGCAUCGAGCAGGCGCUGAGCCUGUGCCAGGAGCUUCUGGCAAGCGGCUCGGUGCCGGGCCUGCACUUCUACACCCUGAACCGCGAGGUGGCCACCACAGAGGUGCUGAAGCGCUUGGGCAUGUGGAUCGAGGACCCCAGACGUCCCCUGCCCUGGGCCAUCAGUGCCCACCCCAAGCGCCGAGAGGAAGAUGUCCGUCCCAUCUUCUGGGCCUCCAGACCAAAGAGUUACAUUUAUCGCACCCAGGAGUGGGAUGAGUUCCCCAACGGCCGCUGGGGCAAUUCCUCCUCUCCGGCCUUUGGGGAGCUGAAGGACUACUAUCUCUUCUACCUGAAGAGCAAGUCCCCAAAGGAAGAGCUGCUGAAGAUGUGGGGGGAGGAGCUGACCAGCGAGGAAAGUGUCUUUGAAGUCUUUGCCCGCUACCUCUCGGGAGAGCCGAACCAGAACGGCUGUAAAGUGACUUGCCUGCCCUGGAAUGAUGAGCCCCUGGCGGCCGAGACCAGCCUGAUGAAGGAGGAGCUGCUGCGAGUGAACCGGCGGGGCAUCCUCACCAUCAACUCGCAGCCCAGCAUCAACGGGAAGCCGUCCUCUGACCCCAUCGUGGGCUGGGGCCCCGGCGGGGGCUACGUCUUCCAGAAGGCCUACCUGGAGUUCUUCACUUCCCGAGAGACAGUGGAAGCACUUCUGCAGGUGCUGAAGAAGUACGAGCUCCGGGUGAACUACCACAUCGUGGAUGUGAAGGGUGACAACAUCACCAACGCCCCCGAGCUGCAGCCCAACGCCGUCACCUGGGGCAUCUUCCCUGGGCGAGAGAUCAUCCAGCCCACAGUGGUGGACCCGGUCAGCUUCAUGUUCUGGAAGGACGAGGCCUUCGCCCUGUGGAUCGAGCAGUGGGGCAAGCUGUAUGAGGAGGAGUCCCCGUCCCGCAUGAUUAUCCAGUACAUCCACGACAACUACUUCCUGGUCAACCUGGUGGACAACGAGUUCCCGCUGGACAGCUGCCUGUGGCAGGUGGUGGAAGACACGUUUGAGCUUCUCAACAGGCCCCCCCAGAACAAGAGGGAGACGGAGGCGCCGUGACCCUGAGCCCUGACACCCUUAGCUUGAGGCCACUGUGUCCCGCCUUCCUCCUCUCCGUCCUGGUUCUCUGGGAGACCCCCGUUCUCCUUCACUUCCCCCCACCUCCUGACACAGUGAUGGCAGCUAGACUGGUGUGAGGAUUCCAGGCUCUGGCUGGACCGGAGUCCGCCCCACAUGGGAGCCAGGUGUUCCCUGCCUAGCGGAGAGUCUGUGCUCCGGUGGGAAGCAGCCCCAUCCCCCAGAGGAGCACGUGGGCAGAAGGCAUCCUUCCUGAGAAGCGUUGUUGCCGACGGAACCCCUAGGAGCCAGCCUGGGACCGCCAGUGACCUUGCUCUUGGGGCCUAUGGAGGACAAGCAAAGCGAACGUGGCAGUGGGCUCUGUGGGAUUGCAGAGGAGACAUGGCAGCGUCAAGGCGCUGCAGCCUUCCACCUCCAAGGCGUUGGCAGCCAGGCACGACCCACUCGGGAAUGAAGGGGCGGACCACUGCCCUGCCAGGCACUGGCCCCUGGAUGGACCUUGGGCUGAAACCUAAUAGUUGUCGCCUCCUUCUAGCCAAGAGCUCAGCUGAGCUUCUCCCUUUUCUACAGCGCUGCUUUUUGAAACAGUUGUCUCCGUUCCCGUGGCUCGAGAAAGUGCCUCUUAAGGGAUAAAGGUGUCUGAACCUUUGUGCGUGGUGGAGCCCUCGGCCUUCCCUAUUCUCCCCUGGCUCUGAGGGGUGAAGGGAUACCUGCCUGUUACCAUCGAGGGCGAAGAUGAGGUUGGCCCGAGCAGGACUGACCUUUUCCUGGCUUAUUUUUCGGACAGACCUCCUCCUGCCCGCCGCUCCCUCCCGUCCAUGCACCCUGUCCCAGAAGCUGUCUGUCUGGCACUGCUCCCCAGGCAUCAGCUCUCAAGCCCCACUACCCAGGGGCUGUGACUGACACGUGCACGUAGGCUGGUCCCUGUCCCAGUCCCUGCUUGCGGGUCUUCACCAGCUCAGGGCAAGGAGAGGGGGCCGGUUGUCCACAGGGCGGCAGAGGAAGCAGGUCAGAGGGACUGGUUGGGUGGGGCAGAGGGCAGCCUUUAGGAGAAACUGAGAGAAGCAGCUGGGGCUAAGACGGGCGUUUUAUUGUCCUUCAGAGCUCUUGGCCUGAGCGCCUUGUGCCUGCGCCUGUACUCCUCAGGUGGGUGGGGCUCCGAUCUGUUUUCCUUUCCAGGGGAACGGGUCACAGCUGCUGCUGGGCCCCCUGCUUCACCCCAAGUCCGCCAAGCACAGGGGCUCUGGCGGCUUCCUGCCUGCUCCGAGGCCUCCCACUGCUGCUGGCUCUGCCCCUCAGGGCCCUGGCUGCCAGACGCUGGUGCCAUGUUUCAAAGGCCUGGAAGCUCUUUGGCUCCCUCCUGGGUGUGUGCUGUCAGAGCUGGAAGAACUCCGGGGCCAGCUCCUGCCCCCGAGGGAAGAGGAGGCCCUUCCCUCAGCCCCAGGCCAGACGCACAGGCCCGGAAGCGCUGUUGCCUGCGAUCAGGGAAGCUGGGAUCGAGUGCACAUCAGGGAGGGGCACUCAGCGACCCACACCCAACACGGGCGGGUGUGAGCAGCCUCUGUGCCACAGGCCAAGCCCUGUCCCCGGACCAGUGACGGACCAGGACUGUGCUCAGCACGAGGUCACCAGCUGGAUGAAGGGCUCUGGAAUCCAGGCUGUUUUCUCUAACUGAACUGACCCCUCCCCUGAAAAAGAAGGGGUUCUGGGGGCAGCAAGCAGGGAGGGCUGCAGCUCAGGAAUGUGCAGGUGUGGCACGGCUAGGAAGGGCCUGCUGGGGGGCGGGGCCGCCCCCCAGUACCUGGGAAUGGACCCAGCGGUUUUCUUGUUGCUGUAAUCGCUGAGACGCCUGCAGCCGCAGGGCCCACCGUCACCAGGCCCGCCUCAGCUGCCACUGCCUGAGCUAUGGGGACAGUCGUGAGGAGGCCCCGAGCUGGGCCUACCGCUGUCCCCGGCCUGGCAACCCCCAGCCCCUCUGCUGCUUCUCCCUGCCUGCAACUGCGGCGCCAGGAGGAAGGGGAUGUGACGAGGAGGUGUCAUCUGAGGUGUGUUAACAGUGCAGAUUCCUGCACCUGUCCCCGAGGUUUCAGGCUUGGUAGGUCCCAAGGCCUGAACUUACUUUCAGAGACUGCGUUUCCAGGGGUUACGGCUGGGAAUGGGACGUGAUGGGAGGUCAGCGUGAGGGUGGGGAGGGGCCGCCCCACUCACCAGCGUCGGUGCCAGCCGUUCCGUCCCCUGAGCAUCUACCCAGCGCUGCCAUGCAGCUGCCUGGGCCUGGCCUGCAGGGAACCCCGGUGCCGGCGAAGCAGUGCCUCAAGGCGCCCGCGCUGCAGGUACUUCCUCCUGAGGGGAGAGGCCCUGGUGUGUGUCCUGACAGCAAAGGGCAUCACGACCCCUUCAUGGCCAGGAAAGAGGGCAGAGCCAUGGGCCUGGGCCUGCUGCGGGAUGAGCACCGGCCAGAGAGGGCCCAGGUCAGGCAAGCCCCUCAGCCCAGCCCACGCCCUCAGCCCUCCCCCUCCACCCCUACCCUCAGCCCUCCCCCUCCACCCCUACCCUCAGCCCUCCCUCUCCACCCCUACCCUCAGCCCUCCCCCUCCACCCCUACCCUCAGCCCUCCCUCUCCACCCCUACCCUCAGCCCUCCCCCUCCACUCCUACCCUCAGCCCUCCCUCUCCACCCCUGCCCUCAGCCCUCCCUCUCCACACACACACACACACACACACACGCUCUCCUCCCACCCCAGACACCUUUGCUCGGCCUCGCCUUUGCCCUCGAGGUCUUUGGUCUCAGAGCUGCAGUCCCCUUCUGACCCCGUAGGUCACUGGCCCUGGGCCCCUGCAGCUGGAGCUGGGAGGCGGGGCAGAGGGGAGGCUCUCUGUCACCUGGCAAAGGGGCGUCGGAAGAGGUUAACACAUCAUUCAGGGGAGUAAGCUCUCCCCCCCGGUACUUCUGGAAGCUGAGCCCUAGGAAGAGAGUUAACGAGAAAUGGUGUUGAGCUUGUCCCUGCUUCCACCAUCUCUGCCCAAGCCUCCUGCAAAGGCUUGGGCUGUGGCCCCAAAAGGGGGGGCAGGAGAAAUUGUAAUUGUUUUCUCAAAAUUGUGAAAUACUCCAGAAGAGGAGAUGGGUGGGGAACACAGUAAAUACAUAAGACAGAUUCGCCAAGAGUUCAGAGCUGAUUUCCAGGCCCGUGAGGGCUGGUGACGGUCUCAUCCCUCCACUUCAGACAUGUUUAUUCCCUGAGGGAGGGUCUCCUUACUCUGAGUCCGGGACGUUUCUCUCGGCUUCCUCUGUCCACUGGGGCUGUGGUGCUUGGUUGGGCUGGGCAGGCCGUGGCCUGUGGCCUGCAGCUGCGGGCCUGAGGGAACAAAGAGGAAACCCUGAACCAAUGGGCUUGGACAUCUAGGGGCCCAAGUGACCUGGCAGGAUUCCUGUCCCGACCAGUAACAGGGCCUCCUAUUUGUGUGCACACAAGUGGGACGGAUUCUCGCGCGAGCCCUGAGGCUCCCAGAGGAGACAGGAAAGGCCCGAGGGUAGUAUGGCCAUCAGUACACGCCACUGCCUCUUUCCCCGUAGUCCCACAUGGCUCGAGACUCAGGAAGGUGAGUGGACCAAAAAUGGCUACCAAUCAGAGCUUACCUGUGCCAGGUACACCCUGUGCAGUGGGCAUUACUCUCCCCACUCAGAGCUUACCUGUGCCAGGUACACCCUGUGCGGUGGGCAUUACUCUCCCCACUCAGCCUCAUAAAGUCAAAUUACUUGUCUGAGGUCUCACCUCUGCAGAGUGGUCUGACUCCAGGGCCCGAGCCCCCAGCGACUGUGCCAUACGGACACCAGGGGCUCUCUAAGGGAUGGCAUAAAAUCCGCCCUUGUCAUUAGGUGAGGGCUGCCUGGGCGUGCGUGUGCGUGUGGUAGAAAGAGGGGGGCCUGGAAUUCAGCCCCCCAGUUACCAUUUACCAUUCCUGACAUUUACUUUGUUUCUACAAGUCUCAGUUUCUCCAUCAGUAAACGGGAUCCCUGCCUGCCUUUGCUGACAGAAAUGGAAUGGAAGUGUUUAUAAACAUACUCUGAAAAUAAAAUUCUCUUGAAACACAGAUCUAGAACUAAAAUACCCUGAGACCCCAGAAUCUGCUGUCGCCAUAGCCCCACAUAGGUAAAUAUGUGGAUUCUGCAAAUAACCAAAGCCAGUCCGUUUCAAUUCCAUUUAAAACAAACCACUUUAGCCUUUUUUCUUAGCUUUUCUAGAGUCUAUGACAUAUUUUGUGGCACCCUGAAACGGGAUUCUUAAUGAUGCCAGUUCACCUUGAGGAACACUCUGUGGCCUGCCAGUAACUCUGGGGCUAUGUGUCCCGCAAUGACAUGUCCCUAGACUGCCAUGCAGUGUCACUCUGUGCCCGGGUUUCCUUGUGGCCUCUUCCCUCGUGCUAGGCCACCCAGCUCUUUGUCACCAUUUGCUGGUAUCAGAACUAAUGCUUCUGGUCUGGAGACGGACUGGCAGUUAUCUUUGGGUAGAGAGAAUCACGAAAGAAUAUUUUUUCAUUUAUAUUUUCUGGGUUUUCUAUAA